GCUAAGAAUAGUGCAUUGAAUAUCAUCACUAACGUCAGUCACAUCUCUUGCUACACUGGGCAUUUUUAUACAGCGCUGAUCGUGUUCGAUCGUUUCAUUGGUAAUGCUUGUGGCGAUCAAAGCAUUUAUUAAUUACCAGGCCUACAAUAAAAUAAGUACGACUGGAAACUGAAACACGUUACUUCCCGAUUGUAGAUGAAACACGUUCUCAAGCCAAUCGUGUUCAACAUAUCGUACAUUUGAUGCAAGUAUCGAUGUUAUUGAAUCCGUGAAGCAAACUAUAGAUUUGUUCUAGAUUGCCUAUUAACCUCACGACAUCGACAACGUGUUAUCAGAUUUAUUGUGGAAAGUUUUAGUAUUGAUUAGCUGGCUUGGCUACAACUGGUACGUUAUCGAUGAUCAUUUAGUAUGUUUGAGGCAUGUGUGUUGAGGUGUUUAAAGAGGAUAAAUACCACUUGAACAGUAACAAUAAUCAACAGAAUCAUAACAGGCAUUAAUAUAACACCAUGCUGCCUGUGAAAACAUGAGCGCUGGGAAAACAAAUCAUUCCAAAGAUACCACCAGAAAGAUACUAUAUUAACGAAAACUAUUUUAAAGGAUUGAAGAAUUGCAUUUGCAUAGUCUAAUGCUUUACUGAUGAUCCAACUGCACAUUGUUUGGCUGUUUGUGUGCCAUGGUUCUCCACAAUGAGGCUUCACACUAACUCACACGUUCCGAGACAAACAAAACCAUAAAACUGGAUCCAUCCCGAGUGCGAGAUCAUUCACUUAGCGCUUCGUUUAAAAAUGUGCAUCAAAUUAUAGCUUAACACGUUUGCUACGUGCACGAAGUGUCUGUUUUGCCUCCAUAUGUUAAGGUGUUAGACAAUUUAAAGCUGUUCAAUGAAGGUUGGUUUUACGAAGAAAGCACGCUCGUUCUAGUGGUCGCUCAUAAAACAAUGGUUUUUAAUUAAAAAGAUUGUUUUAAAUCAUACACUUCAUUCAAUCUAGAACCAUCUUUUAAAAUGUCGAUUCUGUACUUUGUCAUGUUUAUCUAUAAAGUCAUUUUAUUAAAAACUGUGAUAUGUCCGUACUGAUGACGAUUUUUAUCUAGAACUCUAAUUUAAUUAAACGAAAAUUUCUCUCACGCAAUUCGAAGACGUGAUGAGUACUAACUAUUAAGGAAAGAAAUAUAUGUGAACAAUUGUGAUUUAUAUCAGCUGUUGUCAUCCACCGAUCACGAUUCUCGCUAUGGCCGUUAUUCGUUAGGCGAUUUAUUUGUAGGCAAGCACCACAACCGCCAACCCUUUCGGCGUGUGGAAGUCGUGUAUUUUCCAAGUUUUUUGGAAUUUCCAACUCCCGAUCACAAUACCAGUUUGACGUAGACUAUGUAACUGGAACGAGAGUGUUGUGAGUGGUGCGAGCAUUGUCCAUGCAGUUGAUCACGAUCGCAACAUUACGUACAGGGUUAUCGCUGCCGCUUAUGUGGCCUGUGUUUACUUCUUCUUAUGCCAAUAUGAAGCUCUCUCCGACAACGUUUUUAGCAAUAUGCAUGCUCUCAGUAGCAGUGAUUCAAUGCCAAUGGACUCGACGCUACACAACUUCAGGCUACACCCCUAUGGUACGGCAGACAUCGCGUUUCGCGUCGAGACUAGGAGUCGAUGCAGCUUCGAGCACAACGGCACCGGCCAAAGAACAGCCAGCCAGAAGCUUCGCUCAACCACCCCAAAAUGAUCCACGAGUUGCACAAUCCGUCGUGGAUUUAAUGCUACGACUUAGCAAUACGAUGGUGCAGCAGCAGAGCAAAACGGAAUUAUUUUCCCCUCUCAGCAUUUCAAUGGUAGCCAAUUUGUUGUUUUUGGGUUCAAAGGGAAUCACGCACAGUGAGUUUAACAAGUUGUUGACACCGGCCGGUAUGGAUUGGAAGCAAUUACAUCGUAAUUACGGAGGAGUACUGGCCAAUAUGAUGGCAACGACGCCAAUCGAUAACCGGCGUGAACCUUGGCGUCGCCAGACGUGCCAUGAGGAAGACGACUAUGAAGAUGAUGUUGGGCAGUCGACAGUAGUUCAAAAUAAUCAGAUCAUACGAGUGGCCAAUGCAAUUUUCUACCAUAACAACCUUCCCAUCAGCCAGCAGUAUGUUAAACUAGCUCGUGAAUUGUAUGGUUCAUUGGUGUACCCAUUGGAUCUAAACGCAGACUCUUCAGCCGGUGUCAUCAAUCGAUGGGUAAAUGACAUGACUGCCGGCAAGAUUAGUAGAAUGAUCGAAGGACCGAUAAGCAGCAGUGCUGGCAUGGUGGUUGCCAAUGCACUUUACUUCAAAGCUGAUUGGAGAAGACAGUUCGAUGGAUACUCAACACGGGAUGCAGCUUUCUUUUCGGACGGAAUGGAUAGAUUGUCGUACAGCGUGAAAAUGAUGUUCCUCAGCGCUUGUCUUCCCUUCUAUCGCACAUAUGAUGCAUCCGAUGUAACCAUUGUCGGGCUUCCGUAUCGAGAUAACAUCACAACAAUGUACCUGAUCCAACCUGCAAACUCCAGCCGGACGACACUCCGUCGACUACAGGAAACACUGAACGUCAAAACGCUGGAAACUUGGAUUGGACGUAUGAAGCUGCAGAAAACAAGUGUUCGUUUGCCAAAAAUGCACUUGCGCAGUAAUUUAGACUUGUCGCAGUCUUUCCAAAGGCUUGGUUUCAAUUCGAUCUUUAGUCCAGCCAAGAGCGAUUUCUCUAAUAUGUUUCCAGCCAACAGCGGUGGCCAAAAGCCGUAUGUGAAUCAAAUAGUCCACAAACUGGACCUCACAAUCGACGAGUCAGGUACUGAAGGCGCUGCUGCCACUGCGGCAUUAAUCGAUCGUAUUGGGUCGCCUGCAUUUUUCAAUGGCAACACACCGUUCCUGAUAUAUUUAAGACACGAGCCUACCGGUUUGCCGUUGUUCUACGGUCCCGUGUUUGACCCAAGAUAAACAGUAUUUUGUUUAAGUACUAUGUCUUUUAGGGCGUAGACCAAAGAAAGUAUACAUUAUCAUGUAGCAUUAGGAUCCCUUCUGUGUAUUUAUUUUAUAACAAUUUGGAUGUUAGGCCAAGGCAGUUUGUCUUUUGUCAUCGUUAAUCCUAAGCUCUAACUUCUAUUAACAUAAAGAAAUAUGUUUUUAAAAAAUGA